UCCCGCGCUGCGCAGUUCCUCACGCGUGGGUCUCUGCUUGCCCUUCUGUUCCAGACAUGGCGGAGUGUAGAGUGUAAACAUCUGGGUGUGGUAGCAUAAACAGGCCAGCGAAUAACGCCUGUGCUUUAACCAGUGGACUGUGAGUCUGGCUGCUAAUGGAAGCUGAUGGUUUGGUCGGCAGAAGGCGGAUGGGUGCGGAGCCGUCGCGAGGUGACGGCGCGGUGGCUGGAGCUUCGGCGGGUGCAGAGGUGCGCUGGCUGGGCGGUCGGAUCUGGACUCUCUCAGAGGGCAUCGUCGGCUCUCUGUCACCACGAAUCGGAACGGAAUCGGAGCUAAACGCACUCCAUGGGCUGCAGGAAGUUAGUGAGAUGUCGGAACCGGACUAUGAAGGUCUGCCACAGGGAGCCUCGACCAGCACAUACAUGUUAGCCGGAGCUGUUGCAGGGGUCAUGGAGCACUGCCUCAUGUUCCCCAUCGACUGUGUGAAGACCCGCAUGCAGAGCUUGCAGCCUGCUCCAGCUGCACGCUACCGUAACGUGAUGGACGCUCUGCGACGCAUCGUGAGGACUGAGGGUAUCUGGCGGCCCAUCAGAGGCCUGAACGCCACUGCAAUAGGGGCGGGGCCAGCCCAUGCACUGUACUUCGCCUGCUAUGAAAAUCUCAAAAAAACCCUUGGUGAUGUCAUCUGCCCAGGAGCCAACAGUCAUUUGGCGAACGGGGCUGCCGGCUGCGUCGCAACACUGCUUCAUGAUGCUGCCAUGAACCCAGCAGAAGUGGUGAAGCAGAGGAUGCAGAUGUUCAACUCUCCUUACCGGGGUGUUCUGGAAUGCAUGAGAUGUGUUUGGCGGAGCGAGGGCGCUGGGGCUUUUUACCGCAGCUACACUACGCAGCUUACCAUGAACGUGCCAUUUCAGGCACUGCACUUCAUCACCUACGAGUACCUACAGGAGCUGCUCAACCCCCACAGACUGUAUAACCCCUCGUCCCAUAUGAUCUCUGGAGCCUUGGCCGGGGCGGUGGCCGCCGCUGCAACCACGCCGCUCGACGUCUGUAAGACGCUGCUGAACACGCAAGAGACGCUGGCACUUCACUCGGUGAGCUCCGGCAGAGAGCACAUCACAGGUCUGGCCCACGCCUUUAGGACAGUGUACAGGCUGGGUGGCAUACCCGCGUACUUCAAAGGCGUGCAGGCCAGAGUCAUCUAUCAGGUGCCCUCCACUGCCAUCAGCUGGUCUGUCUACGAGUUCUUCAAAUACAUGAUCACCAAGCACAGGAUGGAGCGGAUGAGGAUACAGAAGGAUGGAGAGAAGUAGACACGUUUGUCCGGCUCCUAUUCAAAAGCUCUCUUGGCCUUGACUUUCUCUCUCAUUAUCUCUCUUGCAGUCUUGUGCUUGCUCUAACAUCGAUCAUCCAUGCUGCAAAGGAAUGGAGAGAAGUAGCCGCUCACACGCACAGUCGUUUGGCUCUGUACUGGACCUUUCUUUAUCUCUCUCCCCUGCAAUCUCCAGCAACACUGCAGCCCACUCAGGAAUCUAUUCUGAAUUGGGACAGACUAGUUCGACAUUAAUAAAAAUGUAAACGCACACAUGCAUUGCACUUGCUUUACAAACCAAAUGUGAUUAUUUUAAGUUCCACCAGAGGGCAUCAGAGGUCCUAACAAAAAAUAAAAUUAAACGCUGAUUAAAGGUAGAGUAGAAUUCUGAAGAAUAGAAAUCAAGCUAUAUUAAGUGUGAAUAUAUAUUUUUUGAAAAGUCUACAUCAGAGUUAUAAGAAAAACAAAAGCCCUUAGACCAGAUACUUUAUUACAAGCUGAUGAGUGAUCAGAGAUAGAAAAGUUGCUGCUUACAUUGAGUUUUUAUAAAUUUGAUUGAGACCUCUUCUUACUUAACAUCUAGUGUAAUAUAAAUGAAUUCCAAGCAUUUUCACUAAUGAUCAACAAAACAUUUAAACCAAAAACAUUUAAAUAUAACACCAAAUCAGAUUUCUGGCCAUUCUUACCAACACUGAGAACAUUGCUAACCAUGUAAUGGUAGUAAAUGCAGUAACAGUAAUACAAGUUUACUGUAAUAUGUACAUGUAUCUGCUCUGUGAAACGUUGUUGUUGGUUUUUGCCUGAGAUCAGUGGUACAACAUCUGCUUGGCCUAACUACACCUCAAUAUCAAUAAUUUAUAAAAACAAUCCUGAUGGCAUUUGACUGCAUUAUACCCUUAUUUCCCUGCUUUCAAUAAAGUAGCAGUGCAGUGAUUUCUGCCUGCUUAACACAGUGA